AUGGCCACAGACAUGGCUACUCUCUCACAACUCCUCCAGGCCAGUCUGGACCCCCGCCAGAACAAGCAGGCCGAAGCAGCCAUUGCCCAGGAACAGACCAAGCCCGGUUUCUCCCUCACACUCCUCCAGAUUGUCGCCUCGGACGCCAACCCGCAGACUACACGGUUAGCUGCCGCGCUCUACUUCAAGAACUUCAUAAAGCGGAAUUGGGUGGACGAAGAUGGCAACUACAAGCUGCCCGAGGACGAGGUCGUCGCAAUCAAGAGAGAGCUGAUAGGCCUCAUGGUCUCGGUGCCAGCAAGUCUGCAGGCCCAGCUCGGUGAGGCCAUCAGCGCCAUUGCAGACAGCGACUUCUGGCAGAGAUGGGACACCUUGGUCGACGAUCUGAUUUCGCGCCUUACCCCCGACAACACAGUCGUCAACAAUGGCGUACUUCAAGUCGCACACUCCAUCUUCAAACGAUGGCGGCCCCUCUUCCGUUCCGACGACCUCUUCACUGAGAUCAAUCACGUCCUGUCCAAGUUCGGCCAACCCUUCCUCCAACUGCUCGAAAACACCGAUGCCCUCAUCACAAACUCGCAGGGCAACCCCGAGACACUGAAGAACGCCUUUACCACGCUCGAUCUCUUGAUCAAGCUUUUCUAUGAUCUUUCAUGCCAGGAUCUGCCUCCCGUCUUUGAAGACCACAUCACCGUCAUCUCAGGACUUCUCCACAAGUACCUCACCUACGACAACCCCUCCCUACACACAGACGACGACACCGAGUCGGGGCCACAGGAGUAUGUGCGCGCCGGUAUUUUCGAGGCGCUCAUGCUCUACAUCCAAAAGUACGAAGAUGUUUUCGGUCCGCAUCUGGGCCAGUUCAUCGAGAGCACCUGGAGCUUCUUAAUGUCUGUCGGGCUAGAGACAAAGUACGACAUUCUAGUCAGCAAGGCGCUGCAGUUCCUUACCGCAGUGGCCUCGACACAACACGCCGCCGCCUUUAAUAACCAGGACGUCUUGGUCCAGGUGAUUGAAAAAGUCAUUCUGCCCAAUCUGACAUUGCGCGAGUCUGAUAUCGAAUUGUUCGAGGACGAGCCGAUUGAGUUCAUCAGAAGAGAUCUUGAGGGCUCAGACAACGAUACCCGCAGACGCGCUGCUACCAACUUCUUGCGCCAACUCAUGGCUCGCUUCGAGGGACUUGUCACGAGCACCUCCAAGACCUAUAUCGACGCCUAUCUCCAGGACUAUGCCAAGGACACUGCCAAUAACUGGAAGUCUAAGGACACUGCAGUCUACCUCUUCACUGCUAUUGCUGCAAAGGGUACCGCGACCGCUGGCCAGGGUGUAAUGAGCGUCAACGAAAAUGUCAACAUCCUCGAGUUCUUCCAGGCGCAUAUUGCCGCUGAUCUGCAAGCACAAGGUGCCUCACCAAUCCUCAAAGUUGAUGCCAUCAAGUUCCUCUACGUCUUCCGCAGCCAGCUAUCACCCGACCUGUGGCGUGCUGCCUUCCCGCUGCUCGUCAACCAACUAGGCGACGAAAACUAUGUCAUCCACACAUAUGCGGCUAUUGCUGUAGAACGCGCUCUGUUCAUGACUGACGCCAACCGACAGCCUAUCAUUCCCAAGGCUGACGUGGAGGCGUCGUCCAAGGAUCUUCUGGCGCACUUGUUCAAGCUCAUCACCAAGAACUCUGCCCCUGAGAAGAUUCAGGAAAACGAGUUCCUGAUGAAGUGUGUUAUGCGUGUGCUCAUUUUCGUGCGCGAUGGCGUUUUGCCAAUUUGCGAAACAGUUCUCCAGAACUUCAUCAACAUUGUCAAAGUCAUCAGGCACAAUCCCAGCAAUCCCCGCUUCCAAUACUACCUAUUUGAGGGCAUAGGCGCGCUCGUUCGAUUUGGUGCGCCCAAGCACCCUCAGUUCUUCGAAGAGAAGCUGUAUGAGCCGUUUGCGGCUUGUCUGCAGGCUAAUGUCGAGGAGUUCUCUCCCUACAUCUUCCAAAUAUUCUCUGCACUGCUCGAAGCGAACCCCUCUGGCGAGCUCAGCGAAUACUACAGAAGCCUAUUUGCAAUCAUCAUCCAGGGUGCCGUCUGGGAGCAGCGUGGUAACGUACCUGCAUUGGCCCGUCUCCUCAGCGCCAUGGUUUCUCGCGAUGCCCAACACAUUGUCGCCAACAAGCAUUUGGAACCCAUUCUGGGUAUUUUCCAAAAGCUUGUCACCAGCAAGGCACACGAAACUUAUUCAUUCGAGCUCAUCGAGUCGGUCGUCGCUAAUAUCCCAGCCGAUGCACUCCAGCCAUACUUUGUCACUAUUCUCCAGCUGAUGCUGACGAGGUUGUCCAACAUGAAGACGGAGAACUUCCAGCAACGCUUCAUUGCCUUUUACCACUUUGUCUCGGCCCGACUGGAUAAGGGGCUUGGCACUGAUUUCUUCAUCAGUGUCACUGACCAGAUUCAGCAUGAUGUUUUCAAGCCCAUCUACUUGACAGUGAUCUUGCCCGAUACUCAGAAACUUGCACGUCCCACGGACCGCAAAACUGCCGUGGUAUCCUUUACCAAGACCCUUGGUGAUUCGCAAGCGUUUGUCGAUCGAUACCCCAAGGGUUGGACACUUACGACUCAGCGAUUGAUUGAGCUCUUGGUCAAUCCACCCGUUCCCACAGCCGCGGACGAUAUCAUCCCCGAUGCUGACGUCGAUGAGCUUGGCUUUGGUGUUGGCUUCACACAACUCAACACGUGCAAGAAGGCACCUCGUGACCCAUUUCCCGAGAUUGCCGAUGUCAAGCAGUGGGUCAGUCAGUAUCUCAAGGACGCAGACGCGCGUCAUGGAGGUCGCAUUGUCAAGAUUGUGCAGGAGCGACUCGACGAUACUUCGAAGCAGGCAUUGGCAGCAUAUCUUAGUUAG